AUGCUGGAGUUUUUAAGCGUGCUGAGAAUUCCCUGCCACCUGUUCGAAGUGGAGCAGAGGGUCAGAGUCUAUGCAAAGCUUGACAUGGGGACCCACGUGCACCACGGCACCAACCUCAGCACGGAGCAGAGCCCUGACCCCGGGUCUGACCCCGGCGCCGGGGCGCUGACCCGGGCGGGUCACACCACGGCGGCCGUCCUCCUGGGCUGCAUCCUGGUUCUGGGCAUCCUGGGGAACUUUCUGGUGCUCUUGGUGUUCUCCCGCUUUCCCGGGCUUCGGACUCCGGUCAACCUCAUCGUCAUCAACAUCAGCAUCAGCGACCUGCUGGUGUGCCUCUUCGGGACUCCGCUCAGCUUCGCCGCCAGCGUGCGCGGCCGGUGGCUGACCGGCCCCUACGGGUGCCGCUGGUACGGCUUCUGUAACGCGCUCUUCGGUCUUGUGUCUUUGGUGUCGCUCUCUCUGCUGUCUUUUGAGCGCUACUCCGCACUGCUACACAGCCCCCAGUCAGAGUCCUCACAGUACUGCAGGGCCAGACUGGCCGUGGUAGCUUCUUGGCUCUAUUCUCUGCUGUGGACUCUGCCUCCGCUGCUGGGCUGGAGCAGCUAUGGUCCGGAGGGUCCCGGGACCAUCUGCUCCGUCCAAUGGCAGCAGCGCACGGCCGCAGCCCGCUCCUACAUCAGCUGUUUGUUCGUCUUCUGCCUCUUCCUGCCCCUGCUGCUCAUGUUCUUCUGCUACAGCAGCAUCCUGCUGGCUGUCCGGGGGGUGGCGAGACAGGUGGCCAGGAUCAACCGGUCCUCAGCCGAGUGGACGGAGAGCCGCGUUCUGCUGAUGGUGGUCGUCAUGGUGACGGGCUAUCUUCUGUGCUGGAUGCCUUACGGUGUGGUGGCCAUGCUUGCCUCCUUUGGGCAGCCAGGUGUAGUGCCACCUGCCCUCACUUUGAUUCCUUCAAUUCUGGCAAAGAGCAGCACUGUCCUGAACCCGUUCAUUUACGUGCUGCUCAACAACCAGUUCUCUAGGUGUUUCCUUUAUAUGAUGAAGUGCAGCUCAGAGGUUCCUUCCGCUCCAGUUCACCCUACGGGCAGCAGGGGCGUGUGGCCUCCCAUCCACCCCACAGAGGAGCUGAACACCGAGCCCGUCACGCCAGCAUCUACAGACCAGCAGCUGCAGCCGUCUGUCCAGAUGUUAGCCGAUAACUGUGAGACAUGAGAGGUCUACAGUCGAUACCUAUAUUUCCGUUCCAUUCUGUAUUUGCAUCCUGUUAUUUUGGGAGUGUUAUUUUGUCAUGGCGCCACUGGAGGGCGCCGUGGGUUGUACAGCUGAAUACACCAGUGAAUAAAACAUCCAC